UUUUAUUUCAAGUCCAAGUCGUCCAGCGCGCUUAUUUAAAAGUACGGCAUCGAGCAAAAAUAGACCAAACUGACGGAAAACCGGUCACUAGUCAGUCCAUCAUAAGCAUUGUCUUGUUUUUUUUUUGUUGAUUUAUUAGUCAGGUGCUAAUUUGAAUACUAAAUAUUUUUAUUCUUAAUUAACCACCAGUGUGAAACGUGCGUUAAAAUGCCUACAGCCGCAGAAACUUUAGGCAGAAGAAAUUGCAUCCCGAUUUUGUACACCAGAGGAACGCAUUAUGAAGUUGGUUACGAUAUGGGUCGUACUUUUUCUGGAAUCAUCCACAACUUCCUCCAAGUGGCCGAUUCCGAAUACAUUUCCGAAUAUUUGGAAGCCUACGCAACCCCUGAAGGCAGACAAGGCUACGAAGACACUUUGAAUUGCCUGAAAACGAAUUUCCCUCAAUACAUUCGAGAAUUGGAAGGAAUUGCUGAUGGAGCCAAUGUACCAUUUUAUAAGCUGUUUCUUCUUCAUAUGGACAAUAUUAUAUUAUCAGCAGCCCAAAAAAAGUCAAACGAUCAACCCACAGGGUGUUCCACCAUAUGUAUUAAUCGAAAAGGACAAGAAUUUCUCGGUCACACAGAAGACGCUUUGGCCAGCACCCUCAACCAUUACUAUUUCGUUUCGGCUCACAUCAUUUCCGAACAGCCUCAGGGCAAAUGGGGCGUCAAGGAGGAAAAAUUCACUUCCCUUUGCUAUGCCGGCCAUUUACCUGGAUACACCAUGAGCUACAAUCAUCACGGGCUUGUGUUCUCCAUCAACACUUUAAGCGCUAAACAUCUGAGAACUGGAAAAACACCACGCCAUUUCAUCACUAGAGCUCUUCUCUCGGCAGAAAACUUUGUCCAAGCUCAACAAAUCAUCAGAGACUCUGGCUGCGGAGCCGGAGACGGUUGCUCGAUCAAUAUGACUUUCAUCAAACAAGACGGCGAUCGUAUGUUCCACAACGCCGAAAUGGCCCCUGCUAGUGACAAAUCGAACGAGUCUCACUUGAACAUUCUCACCAUAAGCCCUGGCGAGAGCAUGUUCCACGCGAAUUCGUAUUUGCGCUCGAAAAUCGAGGAAUGCAACAAGUUGAUGACAGAGAGUAGCAUCGCUCGUAUGGACACUUUCAAUCAGUUUCCCAAACCGAUUAGCGAGCAAGAUUUGAAGGAUAUGUUGAGCGAUAGAAGUCAUAAUGUCCAUCAAGUUUUUAGAGACAGAAAAGGGGAUUAUGUUAAAACAAUUUGUGUUGGCAUUUUUAAUAUCACUGAACGUACCUGGUCUUUAUACUCUGACAAUCCAAAGGAAAACGAACCUAUGGUGGUAUUACCACUUCAAAUUAAAAAAUAAAUCAAUAGUAGAUAUUCUAUUGUAAAUUAUAUAUUUUGUUCCUUAGAAUAACAACCUAUUUUAAUAUAAUAUUGAUAGGCAAUAAUAAUAUUUUAUUUAAUUUGCCUAGAUAACAUAACAAUAAAUAAUAUUUACAAAUAAAAGCAUUUCAAUUACAUUCCGCAACUUCCCCCUGGACAGCCUCCUCCAUUGAUUCUAGGUGGAUUAAUGUCCCUCAUGGUUUUUAUAUUAGGUCCGCCGCCAGGUUUGCCAGGC